GAUGUGCUAUUUGUCAUUGAAAUCUCAUAUGCAUCUCUGGUUGUGGAAUGCAAUGCACCCUCUCUUUGGGUACAUUCCACAAAUCCUUGGAAACAUGACAUAAGAAAUGAGUGUGAGAAUUCCAUCGUUAGUCUUAGGUUUUGUUCAUCGUGGAAGACAAAAAGUACCGUCACUUGAGGAAGGAAUUAUGAGAACCAUCAGAAGUGCUCUGCUUCUCGAUGUGGUGAAUAGAAACCGCGAGUCUUUUGACUCUGCAAUCACAACCGCUGAAGUCUUUGUCCUUUGAUUCUGUGAUUCGGAGCACCAAUCAAACAGGAGGUUCAUGGCCUGAUGCAGACGCUGCUGUAUUCUCGUCAUCUUCUUCCCCAAACCAUCGUUCUUUGGUUUGUUCAUGAGAUCUGUUUACAUGAAGAAUGAUCUUGAUCGCAUGCAUUAUUCUGGGUUGUGAUAGCUGUUGCUGAUGGGUGCAGGAAACUGACGAGGAGCUGCCAUGGCCAACCAAUCUGACUCUUCCUGCGUGCACAAGGUUGGGUUCCCUCCCCGGAGAAGCUUGGCGACGGAUUUCACCCGCGGGCUGAAGGAAACAUUCUUCGCCGACGAUCCUUUACGCCCUUACAAGGAUCAACCGAGAUCGAAACAGCUCGCGCUGGGACUGCGUUUCUUGUUUCCAGCUCUGGAAUGGGGGAGAGACUACAACCUCAGCAAGCUUAAGGGCGACAUCAUUGCCGGACUCACCAUCGCAAGUCUUUGCAUCCCUCAGGUAUUAUCUAUCUAUGAUCGCGUCGUCCUCACCCGUAGCAGACAUUGGCGAUUCUAACACGCACUCGAUUCCUCCUCAUUCGCUCCCUCGAUCUCUCAGGAUAUUGGAUACGCAAAGCUUGCCAACAUGGAUCCGCAGUAUGGACUGUAUUCCAGCUUCGUUCCGCCGCUGGUUUAUGCGGUGAUGGGUAGCUCGAGGGACAUCGCUAUCGGACCCGUAGCGGUGGUGUCUCUCUUGCUUGGGGCUCUUCUGCAGAACGAGUUCGAUCCUGUGACCCAGAAGGAGGAGUUCCGGCGGCUCGCCUUCACUGCGACCUUCUUUGCCGGAGUCACUCAAGCAGCUUUGGGUUUCCUGAGACUGGGGUUUCUGAUCGACUUCCUCUCCCAUGCUGCCAUCGUGGGAUUCAUGGGAGGGGCUGCCAUCACGAUAGCACUUCAGCAGCUCAAAGGGUUUCUCGGCAUCAAGAAGUUCACCAAGAACACGGACAUCGUUUCCGUCAUGAGGUCCGUGUGGGGAUCAGUCGAGCAUGGGGUAAAGCUACGGCUUAUGUUUCAAGCUUUGCUUCUGCUUCUUGUCUCUGAGUUCAUCCUUUCUGACGGUGUUCGACUCCUUUCUGCAGUGGAAUUGGCAGACGAUGCUGAUCGGAUCAGCCUUCUUGGCUUUCCUUCUGGCUGCCAGAUACAUCGUGUGUGCAUGCUCUUAUCUCAGCUGAAUCAAUCUCGUCAACCAAAUAAGCCCUCUGAUCAGCUUCGUUUACAGGGUAAGAAGAAGAAGCAGCAGCUCUUCUGGGUUCCAGCCAUUGCUCCGUUGAUCUCCGUCAUCUUAGCCACCCUUUUGGUGUACGUCACUCGUGCCGACAAGCAUGGUGUUCAGAUCGUGAAGAAAAUAGAAAAAGGCAUCAACCCAUCAUCCGUUGAUCAGAUCCGCUUCGCCGGUUCGUUCGCUGCAAAAGGUUUCCGGAUCGGAGUGGUGGCCGGAAUGGUGGCGUUGACGGAAGCGGUAGCGAUCGGAAGAACAUUUGCGGCCAUGAAGGACUACCAAUUGGAUGGAAACAAGGAAAUGGUGGCGCUAGGAACCAUGAACAUGCUCGGCUCCAUGACAUCUUGCUAUGUAACCACAGGUUCCUUUUCGCGGUCCGCGGUGAAUUAUAUGGCCGGGUGCCGAACCACGGUGUCGAACGUGGUCAUGUCGCUGGUAGUGAUGCUGACAUUGCUGGUGCUCACACCCCUCUUCGAGUACACCCCGAACGCCAUCCUUUCUUCCAUCAUCAUCUCGGCUGUCCUGGGACUGAUCGACUACGAAGCAGCUUACCUCAUCUGGAAGGUUGACAGAUUCGAUUUCAUGGCGUGCAUGGGAGCCUUCUUUGGCGUGGUCUUCACGUCCGUGGAGAUCGGCCUCCUGGUUGCGGUAUCGAUAUCGCUGGCGAAGAUCCUGCUGCCAGUGACCAGGCCGAGGACUGCUUUGCUGGGGAAUCUACCGGGAACGCUGAUAUAUCGGAACGUGGAACAGUACCCCGAGGCAAUUAGGGUUCCCGGAGUGCUGAUCGUGAGAGUUGAUUCCGCGAUCUACUUCUCCAACUCCAACUACGUCAAGGAAAGGAUCCUGAGAUGGCUGAGAGAAGAAGAGGAGCAACAGAACGCAAAUGACCUGCCGAGAGUUGAUUUCUUGAUCAUCGACAUGUCACCUGUUACGGACGUAGACACGAGUGGGAUUCACGCCUUGAAAGAGUUGCACAGAGGCCUACAAAAGCGUGACGUGCAGCUUGGCAUUGCGAAUCCUGGGGCGGUGGUCGUCGAGAAGCUCCGUUUGGCUGAGUUCAUUGAGCUCAUAGGGCAGGAGAAGCUGUUCCUCACGGUCGGAGAAGCUGUGAUCGGUUGUGCACCGAAGGUAAGUGAAGAUGUGUGAAGCAGAAGUUAUAGGAGUUCAUGCAGCAGAAAGUAGAAUAAACCGGCGACCGCUGAUAUAACAGUUCAUGUACUCAUCAACUUAAACUAAGUGGUGAAGAAGACCACGAGAGAGAGAGAGAGCUUAGCUGGUCACAUACUUCCAGCUUCGAUGAGCAGUCGAGAGCUUGUGUCU